AUGGGCAACGACAACAGCAACCGUGGCUCUCGAGCCUUCGUCCCCGGCCCCACAAGCACAAUGACAUUUCACACGCCGUUUCCCCUGCUCCAAGAAGCCCAGCGUCAAUAUCACAUAUGUGGCUCGCCUCAGGAGUCCCCUCACAGCUCAUCUGACUCUGGCUAUGGCUCGGCUCCCCCGACUCCCAUCACCCCUCACAAGAAAAGGACACUCAUUGAGGCCGACUAUCUGUGGAGACUGGGUGAUGGGAAUCUCUCAGAUCAGGAAAACUUGUCCGAGUCUGACGAUAAGAACACCUCAGAUCAGGAGUACAAACUAGAAGCCUACAGUGACAAGGGAAGACAUGCUGGUGUGCUUGGCACAGGAGCAGUAGACAUCGAGUGUCCGGACGACGAAAGCCCUAGGAAGCGCCAUAAGCCCGCGCCAUUGCCCAGGAGCUCAAUUCGCCCUCGUCCAGCUCUUACGUCCUUCUUUGCUUCCGAUUUAGGCUCCAAAAUACCACGGCGAAGCUCUAAGAUACAAAGCCGGGGUGUUCCUGAUCGCUUCAUACCCUCGAGGACCCUCUCGUCAAACACUGUUGAAAGGUUCCGCACCAGCAAGUCGCCGCACGAGUUGACCACUCCCGAGAAACUCCUCCGUCACAACUCAGCCACUGAGGAUGCCUUUUCUAGUCAUCGGAGAGUAGUGGCAACCAGCCCCUUCGACCUUAACACACGAUCACGCUCUGAUAGAGCAGCAAGUCGGAACAGAGUAGGCAGCGUCCUUAGUCCUGUCAACACCAACGCAAGUACCGGCCGAGACAGACAAUUUAGCCUUGGCUCAAUUUGGGCCGUUGGCGGAGUGGGACAAACGCCAGGCUCUUCCGGACCUCAUUCCCAACUAUCAAGCCGAAAGUCGAGGAGGAACUUGAGAGACAUGAAGCCCGAUUGGCGACUGCCUUGGAACUCGACCGCGCGGCCCGAGUUUUGGACGUCAACAUCCUUCCCCACCAAAGCGAAAGCAGAGAGAAAAGGUCCAGCAAGUCACACACACAAUGGAAUGGAACAGAGUGGGGUACUCGAUGCCCCCAACUUACGAGACGAUUUCUACUGCUCAAUUCUUUCCUAUUCCGCCACUUCUCGGACCCUAGCUGUUGGCCUGGGUGACCUUCUCUACGGCUGGUCAGAGUCCCGCGGAGUUCGGCUGCUCAAUGCCGGAACCCAAGAGGACUGCCAUUUAACCAGUGUGGCAUUCUCUUCGACAGAUGGCCGCAAAGCUAUUUUGGCAUACGGUCGGUCUAACAAAACUUUAGGACUGAUGUCUUUGCUCGACGAUGCAGACCCGGAAACCUCACGUGCUGCCCCAACUCCGCGUUUUGAGGUUCUUCAUCCUUCACCUAUUGCUUGCUUGAGUUGGAAACCAUCAUGCACCAUGCGGCCUUCUAGCUCUCCCUUCAAACCCGGUGUGCUCGUUGUCACUGAGGAUCUGCUAGUGGGAGAUGAGGCAGGCCGCGUUUGGUACUAUUCUGUUGAAUGGCCGGACAGGUGGGAAGUUGAGCGACACAACUGGCAAGGACAGUUGACGCUACUGGCCCGCAUUGACAUACACUCUCAACAGAUUUGUGGCCUAUCCUGGUCCCCCGCUGGCGAUCGCUUCGCUACAGGAGGAAAUGACAACUUGUGUUGUCUGUUCGAAACGCAAAAAGUUUUAGACAUGAACUACGCACGCCGUAACAUGGGACGCGUACGGCAAACUGACAUUUCGCACCACUCUCACACGCAAGGAGUUUCACAGAGUUCGUCAGCGACAGAGAUUGCCACGGAGAUUCGCACAACCCAAAGGCCCGCCAAUGUGAUCCCAAUCCUCAAGCCAGGAGACGAAAGGUAUAGGUGGAUGCAUAGAGCUGCAGUCAAAGCAAUCGCCUUUUGUCCGUGGCAGGAUGGAUUAGUGGCAACUGGUGGCGGAUCAAACGAUAAGUGCAUUCAUUUCUUUCAUACAACUUCCGGCGCCGCCCUUGCAACUAUAUCUGUGGCUGCGCAAGUCACAAGUCUGAUCUGGUCGACGACCCGACGGGAGAUUGCCGCUACCUUUGGCUACGCUCAACCGGAACACUCGGUGCGGAUUGCUGUCUUCUCCUGGCCUGACUGCCGCCAAGUUGCUGCUAUCCCCUGGGCUGGAGAGCACCGAGCUCUUUAUGCCAUUCCUUAUCCCGGCGGACCUAAUGAUGCUCGCAAAUCGGGGAACAGCGGUAGUAGGGCGCGAGGCUCAAGCCGCACCGUGAUGGAAGGCUGCAUUAUGGUUGCAUCGAGCGAUAAGAGCGUCAAAUUUCAUGAGGUAUGGACGGCGGACAAGAAAGCCACAACCGGAGGGGUAGGCAUGCUUGGUGGUAGUGAUAUCUUGGAGAGCUUGGAAGGCAUCGAUAGAGAAGGUGACGUGAUCCGGUGA